AUGGAAAUCCAAAGCAGGACUCGUACGAUUAACCACCAAGACGAAAACGUGUAUGGAAACAAAGGUAAGUCGAACGUGGUCCUGCCUAAAGGAAAGGGUUUGAUGACUCGCGGGGUUUUGGGUGAAGUACAUACAAAUGUGCAGUUCCAACGUGAUAUAUCCAAAAAAGCCACAAUUUCUGAUGCCGAGUGUGAGAAAAAACCGCUAAAGGCUGUCAUACGAAGAACCUACAGCCAUGUCCAGUCAAAGGUUGACACUGGUCUUGCGACCAAAUCUAUGCAACCAUCAUCAAGGCCACCUCUACGACGAGAAGAGAGUACUGGAGGGUUGGCUACACGUGCUGCAAUGCUUACUAGAAAUGCUGUUAAAGAAGCUCUCAAAAAAGACAUUGAAAUUGAAUCAAUUAAGGUUCUAACACAAGUGAAGAGGUCAAGAGACCAGAAAAAUCUUAAACUCAAUCCCAUUAAAGAGAUUAGUAAAGAAGGAAAGAAUCGUAUUAUUAAAGAUCCUACAGAAUCCCUAGGAAAACUGAAAUUAGCAGAAACAGAAACUUUUGUUGAGCCUUUGACGCUACCUAUAUUACCACCAGACAUAGAAGAUAUUGAUGCAGGUGACCCUAACCCAAUGCUGAUGUCUGUCUAUAUUAAGGACAUCUACAAAUAUCUGACCACCCUCGAGAAGAGGUAUCCAAUUGUAGAAAACCAUUUAAAAAAUCAAAAUGACAUAAACGGUCACAUGAGGGCUACUCUGAUAGAUUGGCUGGUAGAACUUCAGCGCCAGUUUUCUUUGCUCCUAGAGACUUUUCAAUUGGCUGUUGGAAUUAUAGACCGGUAUUUGCAGGUCGUACCUGAUGUACCAAAGAACAGAUUGCAGCUCAUUGGUGUAACUGCGAUAUUUAUCGCCUCCAAAUAUGAAGAAAUAUACCCCCCCGACGUCACUGACCUCGUUUAUGUCACAGACCAUGCAUACACCAAGAAUGAAAUAUUGACAUGCGAGAAGGAAAUAAUGAGGAAGCUAGAUUUCAGUCUGGCAAGGCCCAUACCACUCAGCUUCAUCAGACGGUUCGUCAAAGUGGCUCAUGGUGCAGCAAAGAAUCAUCACUUAGCAAAAUACUUUGUCGACCUAUGCUUGGUGGAGUACUCCAUGGCUCACUAUAAGCCGUCCGAGUUGGCCGCCACAGCCGUGUGUCUCUCGCUACACGUCCUCUCCGGCACGCCGCUCCACGACGUGUGGACACGUACGCUCGCAUAUUACUCGGGGUACGCACUAGCUCACAUUGAACCCAUACUUCGGAAAAUAGCGACCUUAGUGAUAAACGUAGACAAGUCUAAAUACAAAGCGGUACAUAAAAAAUACUCUGACGUGACACUGGCCAAAGUGUCGACGCUUCCGCAUCUGAAAGGAGACGCUAUGUUUGUACUCGCUCGGACCUCAUCUUAA